CGUGUUGCAAACGCAGAAAGCAACAGGUCUGGGGAGGGUUCCUGGGAAAAAAGUUACUGGUACAAAUGUUCUGAGUAAUUUCGGUGGAAACGUGGCAUACUUUAUAAGGUAUUACAUGGAGCAAAGAUGAAAGCAAAAUGGCAUUGAGCCUCUUCUGAAGACAGUCAGAACUUUAAUUUAAUUUAAUUUUAAUUUAACUUUAAUUAAUGUCAUUGAACAUCAUGUUUUUAUAAGAUCAACAUUUUUUUUUUUUUAUGUUGAAAAAUAUAUGAAGACUCACAGCUAAAAUGGAUUAAAAACAUUGACAUGACAUCCUCUCAUUGAAUCAGUUGAGUGUCCAAAAAGAAUGCCACUCCAAACUCAGCACCCAUGUGGUCACAGGGGAUUCUUAAUAAUAGCAUUGGAGGUUUGGAUCUGAAUCAUCCACACCGCAGUCUGUCAUGGGCUUUAAUUGACAUUCAGAGGGUAACAGGGGUCACACACUGUCCUGAGAUCAGUUCAGAAGAGAUUAAAGGUAGAAAACGUCUGUCUGUGGACAGUGAGAGGCAGUCUCGUUAACACAGGCUCUCAGCAGGAUGGACGCCUCUCGGCAGUAGCUGUCAGUGUGUGGCAUAGGGCUGUCCGAGCAUGGGUCUUGACCAGAGUGCUGCUGAUCGCUGGUUAAUAGUGGCAGUUUAAACAGUAAUGAAGGGCUGACAUGACGCCCACGGCACGCACUGUCUGACCAACUCACUGCACUCAGUAAGGCAGGAUCACAACAUUUAAAGCAGGAGAAAAAGGAGUCCUGCAGCUGACAGGAAUCAACACCAGAGUAAUGACGAGAGUCAUCAACGACCACAAUAGAUCUCAUCCUGGAAGAAUGUAUCAGAUGAAUCAACUUUAAGAGAGAGCUUUGUUUCAGAGUAAAACUUUAAGGUGUGUGAAAUUAAAGUCUUCUAUAUUAAGCGAUUUGUUAUUUCAGCAAAAAAAAAAAAAAAAAUUGCUUCUAAAUAUGUCAUUUUUAAGGGUGCUCCGAUUGAUCGGUCGCCGAUCAUAAUCGGCCGAUUAUAGCUUUGGGAUGUUUGAUCGGCCGUCUCUAUAAAGGCCGAUCCAGAAAAGCCGAUCAGAUGACGCAAAACUCGCGAGACGAUUUUUUUACGCGCUGCUAAAAAUGGCUUCACCGGUCUGGCAAUUCUACGUGGUGUGCGAAAAAGAUAAUACAUUAGCAAUAUGCAACGUGUGUACCAAGCAAAUCCCACGAGGCGGAAAGCACGCAAAACAUUUUAACACCACCAACCUCAUCAGACAUUUGAAGGUUAGUCACGUAAAGGAAUAUGAGCAGUUUUCAAAGUUAGCUAGCGCAAAGAGAGAGCGAGACAGUUCAGCAACUCAAGCGCCACUCACUCAGCUGUCAGUAACAGAGACAUUUCAAAGAAAGCAACCCUACAGCAGGGACAGUAAGAAGCAUAAAGAGAUAUCAGACAAAAUAAUGGAAUUCAUUUGCCUAGAUCACCAGCCUCUGUCUGUUGUGGAAGACGAAGGGUUCCAGCGACUCAUGUCCUAUUUAGAUUCACGUUACACUCUGCCAGGGCGUAAAUAUUUCACUGAUGUGUGCCUGCCGCAGUUAUACCAAACCGUGUUUACAUAUGUCGACAGCCUUAUGAAGGACAACAUAACAUCGAUUGGUUUCACUAGUGACAUUUGGAGUGCGAGUGUAUGCCCCAUGUCCAUGUUGAGCCUCACUGCGCAGUUCAUUAAUCAAAACUUCGAACUACAAAAAGUUGUUCUACAUUCUCAAGAGUUUUCAGGGUCACACACCGCAGAGGCUCUUGUUGCUGCAUUCAGCGACAUGUUUCAAGCAUGGGGAAUCCCGAAGGAAAAAGUGCAUGUUAUUCUAAGGGAUAACGCAAAGAACAUGGAAAAGGCCAUGAGGGAUGCCCAUCUACCCAGCCUGCCGUGCAUGGCGCAUUCACUCCAGCUCGCCGUGACCGAGGGAGUCAUGUCACAACGCAGCAUCGCUGAUAUAAUCGCUUCUGGAAGACGCAUCGUCGGUCAUUUCAAACACUCCCCGCUUGCUUACUCACGACUUCAAAGUAUUCAGAAACAACUGGGCCAGCCUAUCAAGAGACUACAGCAAGAUGUACCUACCAGGUGGAACAGUACUGUAUACAUGCUGCAGAGUCUGCUGGAACAGAAACGUGCCCUGUGUGCUUAUGUAGCCGACUAUGACUUACCCUCCAUGUUCACCAGUAGCCAGUGGAAAUUAGUUGAAAAUAUGAUUUCGCUACUCGCCCCAUUUGAAGAGCUCACGCAGCAGAUCAGCUCAUCCACUGCAUCGGCUGCAGAUGUUAUACCAUCCAUCAGAGCUUUAACUCGUCUUCUUGAGAAGACAGCAGAGACUGACCACGGUGUAAAAACUUCAAAAGCCACGUUGUUGGAAGCGGUCCAGAAAAGAUUCCGUGACAUUGAAUGUGAGCGCCUGUAUAGCAUUGCUACAAUCCUCGAUCCGAGGUACAAAGACAGAUAUUUUUUCUGACGCAGUCAAGCCCCAGAUACGUGGACUGCUUUCUAAUGUCCUGGCCACUGGAUUGGAGCAGCAGGAUGGUGAGGCGAGUUUGGCUGCAAGCGGGUCCGGACCCCCAGAGAAAGUACCACGAACCGGCUCCUUGCAUGCUAUGUAUGCUGAGUUGUUGGGUGGAGAUCAGGAAUGUGGUAGCAGUGAAAACAGCAGCUCAGCAUCAUUGCAAUUGAAUUUCUACCUGUCAGAGCCAGUUAUCGCUCAAAGUGGACAGCCACUUGUUUACUGGCAGAACAAUAAAAGCCGCUUUCCCGCUCUCGCACAAGCAGCACGCACCUACCUCUGUGCACCGUGUACAAGUGUUGAUAGCGAACGACUUUUUAGCACAGCAGGGAAUAUUAUUGAUGAGAAGAGGAACAAGCUGUCAGCCAAAAAUGCAGAGAUGCUUAUAUUUAUAAAGAAAAAUCUGCCAUUGAUGCUUAAGAAGUAAGCUUUGGGCAAUCUAAUAAUCUCUAUCCCCCCUCUCUCUUUUUCUACCUCUCUCUACCUCCCUAAAUGCCCACAAAAUCUGAAUGAGUAUCUCAGAAAGCUGUUAUAGAUAUACAGAUAUGGAAGUUGUUAGUUAUUAGAAUGUUUUGUUGCUGUGCACUUUACUACCUGUGCUCCUUGAAAUGGUCUUUUACAAUAACCAAUGUCUAACUGACUUAAAACAAUAUUUUGGCUAUAGCCUUUUUUGUUGCAGUUUUAAAAGUAGCCUAAAGCUAAAUUUAAAGACUCAGAUGUUAUGUCUUAUCUUAUUUUAUUUAUAUUAUAUUCUCCAGGAAAGUUGUAUUAGUCAAGUCCUAAGUUGUUCCUAAUAACCAAACACAUGCUGCUAAGUUAAUUUGUUGGAAAUGUUGCUUCCAAAUAAAUACACAGUUGUCAAUUCAUGAUGCGUUGUCUUCUCUUAAUUGUAAUACUUAAUGUGCAUUGUUGUUAAAUAUUGUUAAAAAAAUUAUGCUACAUGAUAAAUAGAAGGCUUCAAAUAGACCCUGUAAUCGGUGAUCGGUAUCGGUAUCGGGUGAUACAGCUUCCAGCAAUCGGGGAUCGGUGAUCGGCCCCAAAAAUCCUGAUCGGAGCACCCCUAGUCAUUUUAGGAUAUAAAUCUGG